GCAACCACCCUCCUCCCUCUCGGCGGGCUGCCGCCGCCGCCGCCGCUUCUUACGACUUUUCUUUUGUUGUUGCGGUGACCCGGGUCUGUUUUCUCGGCUGUUGUGGAAGGUGUUUCCCUGCUGCACCGGCUCUCCGCCCGCCACCUCCUUCCCCGGGCCUUAACCCUUCCUCUUUUCCGUGUGUGCUUUAUGCGCGGCGAACUGCGCGGAGAUUUGCAUUCCUCCCCCCGCACCCCCUAACACAGACACACACACGCACGCACGCACCCCGGGCCACCCCGCCCCCACCCCUGGAAAACAAAACCCCAAAGCUCACAAAACCCUGGAUCCGCGGUAGCGAGAUGUGGAGGGGUUGAUUGGUGGAGUGGGAGUCGCCCGGCCAUUGCGGUGCUUGGGGCUCAUUAAACUGUCACCCCCCACCCCACAGAGUAAAUGGGGUGAUUAAUGUCGGAUAUGUUGGAAUGGGGCAAGGGUAUUUGCGGAGAAGAGGGUGUGUGGCUGGGAAGUAGUUGAUCGGCAUCGAAUGCCCCUGAACGAGCGUUAAGAAUCGUGUCAUUCACCACGAAGUUAGAGAAAGUUAGGUUUGACUGGGAGAGCGAAGGCAGGGCACAGUCGUAGGGGCUUCUUUGGUUCUCUUAAGGAGAACAUAGUGGAUGUCGCCGGAGUUGGGACGCUGGCUCCUCAGUCCCUGAUUCCUUUUCCACUCCUCACCCUCCCAUGAGUCUGUGGAGAUGUGCCUGACAUGAGAUGUCUCAGCCCCUUGCAGGGCACCCGUGGCCCAGCCCGGUUACAUUACCAUUUCAUCAGCCACUAGAAAAGACCCACAAACUCCAGCCAGAAAAGUUCCCUGUGUCUACCACUAGCUUCCCUCCCCUCCUUGCGAUCCUAAUGCCCCAAAGAGAGAGAUGGAGAAGAAAAAGUUCUGCCUUUUCUGAACAGACAGACCAGAUGUGCUAGUCAAACAUUGGUCUUUAGUGCCUGUGGCGGGUUCUUUCAGUUUAUUAAUUUGUCUCAUUAAACUGAAAUACUUUCCAGGAUUUCAGAAAGUGCAGUUUCAGCUUGUUGAUACUGAGAAUUGAAAUUUGCAUGAACUGUGGCAGUGUGAAAUAUUUUCCUGAGAGGUAGUGGCAGAUAGGUUGCUAAGUAAGAGUGAAAUAAUAAGGUGAGCCAGGCUGAAGUAGUGGUUAAUAAGUCUGCCAACAUUGGGGAGAUGUCUACUAUCAUCUCCGCAGUUAAAAAAACAUGUGGUAAUAAUGUUGAAAUGGGACUGGAGAUGUCAAAUGGAUUGGUUUAAAAAUAUCCCUGAGCUGCCUUUGAAACUAGACGUUGGAGUUGAAUAAAAGUGAGUCUGGAUUUCCUGAAUAGCACGGUGGCUUGAGUGUGCUGUCAUAUGUAAGCCAGUCCACCAACUUAAGACAGAAGUGUUGCGAUUCCAUAAAUACAGUAGAACUCCAUAUGUUGAGUUUUUCAAUUUCUUCUGUUAGAAAGUUUGGGGGGGAAAAAGGAAGACUUUGAAGUAUUUUGUUUAUACUAACAGAAGAGAAAAGUUCUCCUAAGAAAAAGCUGGUGGCAGGAGUGUAGGGGGGUAGCAUAUGGCAUUAAAAGGAGCACAGCUGGAGGUAGCAUUUCCAUCUGAACAUGAUGUCAGAGCAGCUGACAGCCUGCCAUCCCUCAGCCUUUUAUUCUAACACACAGACAGGGAGUUAGUGUGUGCGGAUCUGUGGUGGAGAAGGUAUCUCAUUUCUCUCCAACAUCAUCUCCACUUUGCAUCUGUCUCUCUUAGUCUGCUUUUUUUCCACCGAUGUAACAGACCUGGAGCCAGCAAGACUCAGAGGAAAGGACUUAAUCAAGUUUAUGUGUCCUAAAGGUUAUGAAGACAGUAUGGAGUUUCCAGACCACAGUAGACAUUUGCUGCAGUGUCUGAGCGAGCAGCGGCACCAGGGCUUUCUUUGUGACUGCACCGUUCUGGUGGGAGAUGCCCAGUUCCGCGCGCACCGAGCUGUACUGGCUUCGUGCAGCAUGUAUUUCCACCUCUUUUACAAGGACCAGCUGGACAAAAGAGACAUUGUUCAUCUGAACAGCGACAUUGUUACAGCCCCCGCUUUUGCUCUCCUGCUUGAAUUCAUGUAUGAAGGGAAACUCCAGUUCAAAGACUUGCCCAUUGAAGACGUGCUAGCAGCUGCCAGUUAUCUCCACAUGUAUGACAUUGUCAAAGUCUGCAAAAAGAAGCUGAAGGAGAAAGCCACCACCGAGGCCGACAGCACCAAAAAGGAAGAAGACGCUUCAAGUUGUUCCGACAAAGUCGAGAGCCUCUCAGAUGGCAGCAGCCACAUGGCAGGCGACCUGCCCAGUGAUGAAGAUGAAGGUGAAGAGGAGAAACUGAACAUCCUGCCCAGCAAGAGGGACUUGUCGGCGGAGCCUGGGAACAUGUGGAUGCGAUUGCCCUCAGACUCAGCAGGCAUCCCCCAGGCUGGCGGAGAGGCCGAGCCACACGCCACAGCAGCUGGAAAAACAGUAGCCAGCCCCUGCAGCUCAACAGAGUCUUUGUCCCAGAGGUCUGUCACCUCCGUGAGGGAUUCGGCAGAUGUUGACUGUGUGCUGGACCUGUCUGUCAAGUCCAGCCUUUCAGGAGUUGAAAAUCUGAACAGCUCUUAUUUCUCUUCACAGGACGUGCUGAGAAGCAACCUGGUGCAGGUGAAGGUGGAGAAAGAGGCGUCCUGUGAUGACAGUGAUGUUGGCACUAAUGACUAUGACAUGGAACAUAGCACUGUGAAAGAGAGUGUGAGCACUAACAACAGGGUACAGUAUGAGCCGGCCCACCUGGCUCCGCUGAGGGAGGACUCGGUCCUGAGGGAGCUGGAUCGGGAGGACAAAGCCAGUGAUGACGAGAUGAUGACCCCCGAGAGCGAGCGCGUCCAGGUGGAGGGGGGCAUGGAGAGCGGGCUGCUCCCCUAUGUCUCCAACAUCCUGAGCCCCGCGGGCCAGAUCUUCAUGUGCCCCCUGUGCAACAAAGUCUUCCCCAGCCCCCACAUCCUGCAGAUCCACCUGAGCACGCACUUCCGUGAGCAGGACGGCAUCCGCAGCAAGCCCGCCGCCGAUGUCAACGUGCCCACGUGCUCGCUGUGUGGGAAGACUUUCUCCUGUAUGUACACCCUCAAGCGCCACGAGAGGACUCACUCGGGGGAGAAGCCCUACACAUGCACCCAGUGCGGCAAGAGCUUCCAGUACUCGCACAACCUGAGCCGCCACGCCGUGGUGCACACCCGCGAGAAGCCUCACGCCUGCAAGUGGUGCGAGCGCAGGUUCACGCAGUCCGGAGACCUGUACAGACACAUCCGCAAGUUCCACUGUGAGUUGGUGAACUCCUUGUCGGUCAAAAGCGAAGCACUGAGCUUGCCCACUGUCAGAGACUGGACCUUAGAAGAUAGCUCUCAAGAACUUUGGAAAUAAU